AUGGACCCCACCACCCUCCUUAUCACCUACUCCUCCAACCAAAACCGCCUCCUCCAAGAACCACCACAGCCACUCCAUGCUACUGCCGUCAGUGACUCCUCCACCUCCGCCACCGAUUCCAUCUCCGCCAUGUUUGAGCCGGACGAGCUCUUGAGCUUCAUCAGCGAUGCCCCUUUGCUUGACACUGAGUUGGACUGGCUCGCUGAUGUGGCUUUGACGUUCUUGCAUAGGUCAAAUCACAAUGGAGAUGCCGAUAUGGCGCUGUUGUUCAACUUCUCAGGUAAUGCGCCAUCACUAGUGCUUGCUGUAGAGGAGCUGUUGGCACUUUACUUGUGCGUGACAUCACUAGUACGUGCGACUUUUGAGAACGUUGGAAGGUGGCUGAGGCAGUUGUUGAGGGAUUACACUGACCCCAACAUCGUGGUAAUGCUCAUUGGCAACAAGUCCGAUCUCCGCCACCUCGUGGCAAUCCCACUAGAAGACGGGAAGUCAUUCUCCAAGAAUGUGUCCCUCUAUUUCAUGGACUUCUGCAUUGGACGCAACCAAUGUGGAAGCAGCUUUUGCUGA